AUGUUUAAUGCUCUGGUCAGAUCACGCGGGCUGCCGUUUAUGCGGCGAAUUCAUACCGGCGACACCGUCUCGAUUAAAAAUCUGCGGUACUGCGGCCUGAUAAACGGGCGCCAGACACCGCUUAGCCUGUCGACGGACCUGAUCACAGACUUUGGCCAGGCCAGCACUGACGACGAUCUGCGGUACUCCAUCAACUAUGCCGUUUUGAGUCGCGAUCUCCGCUCUUUUGAGAAGAAAUAUAGCCACAACAGCUUCCGUUCGCUUUUGCAGCUUGGCGAGGGUAUUUUCAACGAGGUGCUUUUUAGCAACAAUUGCGAGCGUGCUACGCUGACAUUUAACAUAGACCACCAGGACUGCGAUGUGGCCGUCGAAAUGAGCCGCGACAGAUCAAGCACGCCAAAAGUCAUUCUGAGAUUGGCGAACCUCGGCGUGGACACCAUUAUAGGGGUGUUUAAGGAGGAGAGACUGGCAAAGCAGCCUGUGGUGCUGGAUCUUGUAGUGGACCUGGACGGCGAGUUUUCUGUCGACGAAAUUGUCUCGAGCACAAAGAAUUACGUUUCCAAGUCCCAGUUCAAAACGGUCGAGGCGCUCGUGUUGAAUGUGGCAAAGCUAGUAUUUCAAACGGCCGAAAAUGCUCACCAUUGCACAGUGUCUGUGCUCAAACCAAAGGCUAUCGGCGAGACCGACGGCGUCGGCGUCUCUGUGACCAGAUCGAGGGCCGAGAUGGAGUCCCAGCCACUCGUAGAUUUCCGGUCGUCGGAAUACGUCCCAAAUCUCAGCAAAACAACCACUGUCAAAAAUGGAACACAUACCGUGUACCUGGCUGUCGGAUCGAACCAGGGCUCGCAGCUCACUAACAUCAACACCGCUCUCGACGAGCUCGCAAAGAGAAACAUAAACGUCCGAGCCACGUCCUCGCUCUUCCGCUCCGCCCCAAUGUAUUAUCUGAACCAGCCUGAUUUCGUCAAUGGCUGUAUCAAAGUGGAGACAGAAUUACAGCCUCAGGACCUUCUGCAACAAAUUAAAGAGAUCGAGUACGAGGUGCUCGGCAGAGUGAAACAUUUCGACAACGGCCCGCGGCCAAUCGACCUCGACAUCAUUCUCUACGACGAGGCAAUCUACAACUCUCCAGACCUCACCAUUCCUCACAUAAGCAUGCUGGAACGGCCGUUUGUGCUCGCGCCGUUGUGCCAGCUCGUGCCGCCAGACACGCUGCACCCGGUCACCGCCGAGCCGAUUCACAGCCACUGGCAUCAGCUGCGCAAGACGACCAGAUCAGACGAACUGCAACCGGUCAUUCCCCUAUCUGGUGCACGGAUGUUGCCAUAUGGCAGCAGGACGCUGCUGAUGAGCAUUCUGAACGUGACGCCGGACUCGUUCAGCGACGGGGCGGCCGCGAAUUUACUGGUUGACCACGCGCUUUCCCGGGUGGAGCAGAUGGUGGCUGCCGGCGUCGACAUUGUCGAUCUGGGCGGAUGCUCGACGCGGCCGGGCUCAGAGCAGGUUUCCGAGGCCGAGGAGCUGGAUCGAGUGCUUCCUGUGGUGGAGCAGAUCCGCAAGCAGUUUCCAGAGCUUGUCUUGAGCGUUGACACGUACAGGGCGGAAGUUGCGCGCGCGAGUGUGCGGCUUGGAGCCGAUAUUAUCAACGACGUGAGUGGCGGGCUUCUUGACGAUAAAAUGUACGAGUCUGUGGCGCAGUUAGGUGUCGGUUAUGUGCUGGGCCACAUGCGCGGGAACAUCGAGACGAUGAACGCGCUCUCGAACUACGACGAGGUCGCGGCCGGGGGAGUCAGGCAGUUUUCCGAUUACAGUCCUGUCAUGGGCGGCGUGUGCCGCGAACUUGGUGCUGCUUUCGAAAAGUUGCAGGAAGCUGGAGUGCGGCGGUGGCAGGUGGUAAUCGACCCCGGGCUCGGGUUUGCGAAAAAGGCGGAGCAGAGCUUGGAACUGAUAAGAGACCUUAAAAAGCUCAGACAGUACCGUCAACUGUCGCUCGAAAAUGGAGAGUAUACUGCGUUUGACGACCUGGCCGUGCUGAUGGGGCCUUCGCGUAAGCAGUUCAUUGGCAGAAUCACAGGCAAGCCGCCAAAGGAGCGGGUUUUCGGAACAGCGGCAGCAGUGUCGGCAUGCAUUGCGAGCGGCGCAGACAUUGUGCGCGUUCACGACUUGGAGCCGAUGAAAGAUGUCGCGCUCGUGGCCGACAGCAUUUACAGGGCGUUGUGA